AUGACAACAUCGAGUACAGAUUGUAUUGUACAUAAUAGGAAAUAUCUAUCGAAAUUUCAUGGAAUUAUUAAUAAACUUCAUCGAACAAAUGAAUUUAGUUUUUCUGUUCUACAACGAUUACCAAAGCGAUGUUGUACAUGUCACAGUCAAACAGGUGAAUAUUCAUUGACAUUGGAUGACUUACGUAAACUUUGUCAAGAUAUUAAAUCAACAGAAGAACAAUUUCCAUCGACAUCUACUUGUCUAAAAUGUAGCGAUUAUGUUAUACUUGAGUUUUCUUCGAUGCUGAGUCCAAUUCAACGUAUGUACCAAGUUGGUCGCUUUGUUGGACGUGGUGGUGUGCAUCUUCGUCUUCUUGAACGUACAUUAAAUGUCCGUAUAAAUAUUAUCAAUAAUAAAUCCAGCAAAAAUCUUCAGCAAAUGAUCGAUAAAAUUAAAACAAAAAAUAAAGAAAGUCAUAAAGAUGGUCUUUGGAUAUUGAUUAAUAUGAAAAAAGAUAAUCAUAAUCAUGAAAAUAAUCUCGAUAAGAUUAAACAAUUAUUACAAGAUGAAUGGAAAAAAAUCGAUGUUCUUAUUACCAAAAAGAAACGAACAGUAAUAAAUCCAUCCUCUCAAACAAGGAUACUAUCAAAAACAAAUAUUUUUCGAGAUAAUCGUUGGAAGCCUAAAGAUCAUAGACGAAAUAAGAAAUAUCAACAAAAACAGAAAGAAUCUAUCGUACCUGAAGAAGUUCUUCCACAACCAUUCGUUCCACCUAUAUCAAUGCCUAAAGAAGUUGUAAGAUCUCAUAAAACUAAACGAACGUAA